AUGGACCAACAUGAGAAACCUUCUUGGUCUUUGCCGCGCUCACCGGUUCACCCUCGGGGAACCAGGGAUGGGCAUUGGCCUCAGUCCUCGUUACAUGAUCAGCGAGAUUACACUAUGAAUCACAUACCAUGGAGCGUGGAUGCAGAGGGCAAACCAGGCCGGCGAAACUAUGCGCGGGCAUUUGAAUUUCGUUGGAGUGAUAUUCCUGGGCAGCAACGGUGCGACAUGUGUGAGUUUGGUCAGCCUGAUGGAAUGGUCAACGAUGCAAUCUUUGAGGAGGAAGUCGACCGAUGGAUUGCAGAAACGAGGCAUCAAGAAGAUAUCACGAUUCGUCUGCUUGUUUGCAAGAUGGUGGCCAAGUACCCUCGGUACGGUCUGCCGCUCCCUCGAGGUGCAUUUGAAGCGAUCGAAAGGGACUUUGGGCUACAUCCUGCGACGACCCAAACGCUUCACCACAUGGAUCGAUAUUUUGACCUGGAUUUCACUUGGUCGAAUCGGCAGGAGUCCUCAAGUGAUGGUAGUGUUUGGUCCGUCAUUCGUUUCGAGCCAAUCAAAAGAAACACUGCUUGGACGAUGAGCCUAAGGUAUGAUCAGGGAAGGCAGCGUACAGAUGCAAUAUUCCUUAUGACUCAAGACGACGAGGGUAUCUUUGAGCAUGCUCUAGGUGAGCUGUUGAUUUUGCACAAAUCCUGGAAGCAGUUUCGCGUUUUGCCAGAGGCUUUCAUGCAAAUAUAUCUUGAGGCAUGGUCUACUCACAUCGGUGAUUUGCAAUGGACCAUAAUAAAAACUGAGCGCGAGCUUGGUGCUACACGAACUUGGGAAAAGGACGGGACAAAAUUACACGACUGGCCACAAAAUGUCGACGUUCGAACAAAUGCGGCCAAGUUACAUUCUUGUUUGUACACGUUGGCACGCGCACGUAACAAACUGGCAAAGGUCCGGCAGAUGCAGCAAGCCCUUGGAGAAAUGGACUCUUGGGUAAAGAAAAGUCUGAAAGCUACAGGGAAAAUUUUGACGGAUGCAAAUGAACUGGACCAAUACUCUGCCUGGACGGACACUCUGCUCAGGCAAACAGACAUGAAGGCUCAGGAAGCACAGGAACGUGCCCAGAUUCAAGCCGAUCUUCUAUUCAGCAUUAUCAGCCAGCAAGAUAGCCACGAGAGCAAUUCUAUGGCGCAGUCGGCCUUUGUGUUCACCUUCAUCACUGCAUUAUUCCUGCCUUGCACUGUUGUAGCGUCAAUCUUCAGCAUGAGCAUGUUCAACUGGCAACCGGGCACAGAAUCAGACUCGGCAGCGUCAUACAUUUCCGACAAGUUUUGGAUCUACUGGGCGUUUUCACUGCCACUGACGAUCUUGGUCAUGGGAGGGUGGUACUGGUGGUCUUUGAAGGGCAUGCAGAUCUGGAAGCGAUCGUUCAGCAAGGCCGAUGAGGAUGCUCAAAGCUGGCGUGCAAAGUCGCGGUGGCUUAGGUUCCUGGGACGGCGACCCAAGCCCAAGAGUGCCUGA